AUGUUGAGAAGGAUCUUACAUCCUGGAUUUGCAGCCCUUCUACUUCUGUUAGUCCCUAUAACAUGUAAAGCCAAGCGGAAUCAUCAGCUCUGUACCUCAUCCUGCGGGAAUAUUCAUAAUAUAAGCUACCCUUUCCGACUGAAAGAUGAUCCAGAGAGCUGCGGAGAAAGCGAGUAUGAGCUGGCUUGUGAGAAUAACCGCACAAUCUUAUACUUGUAUUCAGGAAAAUACAAAGUAGAAGAAAUCAAGUAUGAGAACUUCACAAUAAGGGUUGUUGAUGACUUCUCUUCUCUGCCUCUGGAUUCCUGUACUUACAGAAACUUUACUCUUCAAAGUCCAAUUAGAUAUUGGCUGUCUCAUGAGAAUUCGGCUCUAAAUUUUAUUGAUUGUGAAGCUCCAAUAAGUUCUUCUGACUACGUGGAUAUGGCAUCUUGCAGAGAGAUUUGGAGGUCUGGGUCUCAACUUGUGGGCAGAAGAUUGACGAUAGUUCUUGUUCAGGCAUCCAUGAUGGGCUGCGAUAUGGGACUGGCCUUCAUUGGUGCAAGUGUCUCUCCUCCGUGUGCCCUCGUUGCGGUUUUACAGUUUCAGGGUACCAGUGGCCUUGGGUUGUAG